CAGCCACAUGUUUUCCGCCCCGCAGCUACACGCUGCAAACUGCGCUCCGAUUCCGAGGCUUAUUGACGAGGUUGGAGUGUCGUAGCGCAUGGUUUAUAAUGAUGCCGAUUUCAUUGUCUAUUCCCUUUUAAACUCUCCGCCUUGUUUCUAGCUCUCUUUGAGAACAACAAUGCGGCUUUCUUGUCUCGUGCAUUGAUUCCCGCUUGUGGAUAUACAUAACUAUACCUCACUAUUAUUUAAUCCCCUUGUGUGCAUAACCAAUUUAUAGCCCCGUUUCCCAUGUCAAACCAACCCUUUGAUGGUCGUCGUCGACACGGUGGCCCGAGCGGAUUUAGCUCGACUGGCAGAAGGACUGCUCUUGGGUAUUGGCUCCCUCUUGCUCUCACCGUCGGCGUCGCGACCGUCAGCCUUGUUGCUUGGGUAUGGAGUGAGCGCCGCGACGGCGAGGACGACGACGGUUACUAUGGGGAUAACGAACACGACGAACGACGGGAUGGCAAUGCGCCGGGAAGACAUGAGCCUGGUGCUGAGUACGACCAGCCACAAGGGGAAUACGCGAGGGCCACAGGGGUUCAUGAUGGAGCACACCCCGAGGAUGCGAGUGUGAUAUCGCGAGUCCAAGGAGCAUUACGACGAACACCAAGUCCGCAGCAGCUAUUUGAUGGUGCUAGUAGAAGAGUCGCUGCCGGAGUGGCUGCCGCUGGGGCUGUCGUUGGAGGCGCGUUGACUGCGAUUCGAGAAGAGGGAGCCAACGAUUUCGAAGACCAUUCUCGAUGGACCGAGGAAGCGAAUUCUCGAGGUGUUCUCGCGACUGCGGGGCCUCCUACUACGGCAGACACGUUCCCUCCUCCUAUGGUAGCUCCAGCGAAGAAUGCGCCUCCCACAAAGUCCAGAAGAACCGUGGCCAUCGUCGUGUCUUCGGUUAGCGACGUGGAACAUCAAAACGACCCGGAAGGCCAAACCCCGGAACAUUCUAUCCUAUCCCAUCUCCCGGAAUACGUCGACCCUAAUACGACACGUGUUUUCGUCCUAAUAUAUGCUCCCGGUUUGCAACCUCGUUCAGCGAAUUCCCCAACCUCAUCUCGACCAACACCGUCUCUUUCCUCCUCCUAUGCCAACAUUACUCCUGAGGAGGCUAAUAUAGAAACUCCGCAAGAUUCAUCCGGCCUUGAUAUCGUUGAACCUCGCCCGGCAGGUGACGAUUUUGGGUCCGCGUCGCCUCUUUUCAAGUCUCUCUACAACCAAGCACAGGCACUGGUCGACAAGGAGACAAUGAUUCUACCCUUCAGCACAUCAAAUGGACACGUCCACAUGCUUCGGCACCUCUCCCCAGACAUUGUCUAUAUCCAAGAAAGCAUGACCGGCAAUGACGGUGAGCCAGUCAACCAGAUUACAGGAUGGGUUCGGCAGGUCGUGGUUGUAGUUGGCGCAGAGGGCGGGCGCGGUGGAUUGGUGGAUAGCGAUGACGAGUCCGCGAUGGGUACAGACAAGGGAGAGAAAUGGUGGCAGAAGGAAGGAAUAACGGGCCUAGGCAAGCGAAUUGACGUGGUGGAUGGGCUGAGAACGGGGGAAGACUGGAGACGGCGUGUCUCUGGUCAUGACUGAAUGAUAGUGCCAGAUCUCCUUUUGUUGACAUUUUCUAUGGAGAAGGUUUGAUGUUCUCCCAGUUCAUGAUAUGCCCUCCCCGUCUGAAUUCCUCUUUUCCCUUGUUCAUUUCUUAUGCCUAUUCAUUAUAUCCCCUUGGCUUUUUUCAACGGUCUUCUUCCUAUAUUUAGGUUACUUCUUUAUAAAAUAUUCACCACUUAGUUAGCUUGUCUGCUUUUUUACUUUAACAUAGUUUGUAUUUUAUUUUUAUGCUACAACUUUGGUUGAAGAGAGUAGCAUUUUGGCCAAUCUAGUCACAAUUCAACUACUACCUGGUUCGGAAACGUUUUUUCUCGCGACUCAGCUUAGCGGUAACACCAGCCAAUUUGAGUCUCAACAAAAAGUUUCAAACUCGCACUCUACCAACCUUAUCUCCUUCAGCACAUCUCAUACUUCAACGAACUCUGAUGAAGCUGCCGAGGUUGAAACAAAGUUGCCUUAGUCAUCACACACUAGAUCCCAUUCGAGCAUAGUCACGUG